CACCUUUGACCCCUGACAUCCCACUCCACCUCCUACAUUCCCUUUGAGCUCUGGCUAAGUGUACAAACUCAGUGUGGAAGCUAGUACUGACUGGUUUGGACUCCCUUUUAUUUUCCCUGUUUUAAAGAAAUCCUGUUUACUAUCUUGCACUGCUGCUCACAUCCUCAAGGGAAAGCAUUGGAGACACUAGAGGCAGGAGGAUGCAUCUCUUUGUGGUGUUGAUCAUCAGUAUGUGGGGGGCAGUUGCCCCCCAGCAACAUCCAGUGGAAGACAUCUGUACUGCAAAGCCAAAAGACAUUCCUGUGAAUCCUAUUUGCAUUUACCGUAACCCUGAGAAGAAACCACAGGAGGGCGAGGGGCCAGAGGCAGAUCAAGCCAAGGAUAAGAUCCCUGAAUUUACUAACCGUCGGGUCUGGGAGUUGUCAAAGGCCAACUCCCGCUUUGCCAUUACCUUCUACAAGUACAUGGCGGACUCCAAGAGUGACCUGGCAAACAUCUUCAUGUCACCCCUCAGUAUCUCCACAGCCUUUGCCAUGACCAAGCUCGGUGCCUGUGGUGACACUCUAAAGCAGCUUAUGGAGGUUUUUCAGUUUGACACCAUUACAGAGAAGACAUCUGACCAGAUCCACUUCUUCUUCGCUAAGCUGAACUGCCGUCUAUAUAAGAAAGCCAACAAAUCCUCUGAGCUGAUAUCUGCCAACCGCCUCUUUGGGGAAAAAUCCUUGGUCUUCAAUGAGACCUACCAAAACAUCAGUGAGGUGGUUUAUGGAGCCAAACUUCGGCCCUUGAAUUUCAAAGAACAACCAGAGCAAUCCAGGACUAUCAUUAAUGACUGGGUCGCUAAUAAAACAGAAGAACGCAUUAAAGAAGUGAUCCCACAAGGAGUCAUUGAUGAAAACACUGUCCUAGUUCUGGUCAAUACAAUUUACUUUAAGGGACACUGGAAAUCAAAGUUUCCUGUUCACAACACAAAACUAGAAACGUUCUAUAAAGUGGAUGGUGAGACUUGCCAGGUCCCCAUGAUGUACCAAGAAACCAAAUUCCGUUACGCUCUAGUCCAAAACGAUCAAGUGCACAUCUUAGAGCUGCCUUACAAAGGCGACGACAUCACCAUGGUGCUCAUCCUGCCUGCCAGGGACAUGCUGCUGUUGGAUGUGGUGCGGGAACUGACUUCAGAGAAGCUGCAGGAAUGGCUGGGUUCAAUGAAAGAGAUCUCGCUUUCUGUCUACCUCCCCCGCUUCCGCAUUGAAGACAGCUUCAGCCUGAAGGAGAAUCUGCAGAAGAUGGGGCUGCUUGAUCUUUUCAGACAAAAAGCAGCCAAGCUGCCAGGUAUAGUUGCAGACAGCCGUACAGACCUGCAUGUGUCGGAUGCUUUCCACAAGGCCUUUCUAGAGGUGAAUGAGGAAGGCAGCGAGGCAGCAGCGGUUACUGCAGUUGUCAUCUCAGGCCGUUCAUUUCCCUUGAACAAAGUGGUCUUCAAUGCUAACAGGCCCUUCCUGCUCUUCAUCCGGGAAGCUGCCCUUAACACCAUCAUCUUCAUGGGCAGAAUAGCCAACCCUUGCCCUUAAAAGAGCCACUGGUGGGUCCCUGUUUCUCCAGCCCUAACUCCCCGGUGUGUGGAUAUCCAGCCAAUAAAACACCCCCAGCCCCACAUCUUUGUUUCUCCCAGUACUGGCUAGCAGUUUAGAAGGCCUCUGGGGAAGUAGCAGAAAGGAAGUAGCUGCCCUGUCACACAGCCCAGCUUCAAUCUCUGGUAGGAAUUAUAACUAGUUAUACUGUUGUCCCUGUGGCAUCAGUUCGAUGCAACACCUGAGGGACAUCUUUUGGUGUCCCGUGGAACUUCCCAUCUUGCAUUUUCUUCAUCUAAAAGAGGCUCCCCCCCACUUUUUCCCCAGUGGUUUGUUCCGAGAUUAGGCUGACUAUAGCCAUCCUGCUUCCCACCCAGCAUUUUGUGGCCUCAAGCUGUAACUCUCAUCACAUCUUGCAUUAAAGCAAUCGGCAAGGUGAACUCUAA